AUGACAGCCUCUCUCAAUGUCUUUGACAGUCUUUACGAGACAUUUAAUGGUGUCAUUCAAUCGGUGAUGUCCAAACUAUUGCAGUCGAGGAAGACGUUGAAGGAGAAAGUGGUCCAAAUAUAUGAGGCUUUGAUUGAGGGAAAAGAGCCGUUCAGUGAAAACAAUAACUUCUGGAAUGAGUUCUUCUUAUUAAAGGCGAAUGGAAAUGCAUUGGAGUUGGAGUUAAAGUCCAUUACAAAUAUCCACACAAUUAAGCCAAUUGUGAAUCUAAUGAUCAGUCAAAGUAUAAUUGCUGUCAAAAGUGACAACAAUCUAAGGGUUGCCAACAGUCUUAUCGUAAGAAUCGGUUCCCAAUCGGCGGCUAAAUGUACACUGAGCAGUCUUUUCAAAGUAAUGUCAGAGAAGUGGCGCUUAAGUCAUCCAAAGUUUGAUUUAAUUGAUUAUACGGUCGGACGAGAAGAUCUUGAACUCAAAACUCAGGUCUCAUGUCAAUUACCAUUUGAUUUUGAUCGACUCGUUGUGUAA